AUGCAUUUCGCGGGUGCCGAGGAGAUCCUGGAAGCACUGACUCGGAAUGAAAAGGAAUCAUCCUGCCCUUCCGCGAUCAUUUUCCCGCAGCUCAAUGUCUACCUUGAGUCUUUCUCUUUUGAGUACUCUUCCUCCCUCCUCGUGAAUCUUCAUACCAGCGAAGAGUCGGUAGAGAUAGUCAUAGAAUUGCUCCAGGGCGGCCAGUUCGUUCCCCUCCCCUAA